CGCGAGACCAGAUGCGGGCACGGAAUUGUCCUGGAACAGCGCCAGGGGAGGAAAUUCACCGUGAAGACAGCGCUGGAAGGAGGCAUCGACGAUGCACGCCACCUUGCCGCGACCGCCGCCGCCUGCAUUUUCGCUCCGCAACAACGCCAACGGCACGAUGGUCAACGCUUCUGUCCAAGAGAGAAUAGUCCCAACAAUCACGCAAGGCGACUUUACACCGGCCGUGCCAGUGACGAUGGAGACAUCCGACAGCCAGUCGAUGAACGUAGCGAUUGUGUUGAUCGCGAUCGUUUUCGUGGCAGUGGCCGCGGGACUGUUCCUUGUUUUGUUCAGACGGCACCAGCCCGACCCAAGUCGCCCGCCAAGCGUGUGCCUCUCCAAGUCGCGAUACGGAGGCGUCAAUUUCAUGAGCGUGUUUGACACAUACGCCUGUGGUGCUCACAUCAUGCUGCACUCCCCAGAAGGCACGAUGCGCGAGCCAUCUAUUGUCCUUGGUGCCGUCGGCGGCCGAGUGGACGAGUGGUGCAAAUCGCACGAGUCGACUGCCACGGGCGAGUUCGACAUUAACGUUGUGGAAUCGUCAGAUCACACAUCGUUUAAGUUAUAAGGAGGUCGUUGUGUCUCGA